AAUGCAAGUGUGUAGACUUGAGAUCUCCAGGAGACAUCAUGGUCCAGUCUCUUGGCUUAGUCAAUUUCUUCCUCUUCAUCUUUGCAGUGCUGCUCCUCUAUCAUUACAGCAGUACCUUCAGAUAUUAUUUUAAAGUUUGCUUUUUAAAUAUUUGGAUAUUUGUUGUGUGCGGCAUGGUACUUCCUGUUUUAGCUGCCCGGGGAAGAAAUGUAGCAAACAUGAAAGUUCUUGCUUUUGUCAUGAAGCCGGUGAAAUACUUCCUUGGCAUAAAGAUCAAAGUGCAGGGUGCUCAGAACUUACAUCUGGAAGGGCCGUAUGUCAUACUUGCCAAUCAUCAAUGCAGUGUGGAUGUGCUUGGGAUGCUUCAGAUCUUGCCAGAGCGAUGCAUCUUGAUUGUCAAGAAGGAGCUCAUACACUAUUUGACUGUCGGUAUUGCUGGGUGGCUGAGUGGCUUCAUUUUCAUUGACCGCAAGGAAAGAGCAGCAUCUAUCCAUGCCAUGGCGAAGGCAGCAGACACCAUUGUCCGGGACAAUCUGCGAAUCUGGGUGUUCCCCGAAGGCACUAGAAACUAUGAUGGCAUCACUCUGCUACCCUUCAAGCGUGGGCCCUUCCAUCUGGCUGUGCAAGCCCAGGUGCCAGUCAUUCCUGUGGUAAUGUCCUCCUACCAGAACUUCUUCAGCAAGAAAAAUAAAAGAUUCACAACAGGGGAAGUGACAAUCCGGAUCCUCCCUCCAAUAAAGACUGAGGGAUUGAGCCCAGCUGAUGUCCCAGAAUUAGUAGACUGUGUGCGGAAGAUAAUGCUGUCCACAUUCUAUGAGAUCUCAACUGGGAACCAAGAACGCAUCCCCAAAGAAGACACCUCUCGAACCACCAAUCACCAGGGAUCUUAGAAACCAGUCCUUUCCCCCACAUGUGCUCCCCCCCCACAGUGGGUAUUACAGUUAUCUAACCUCUUGACCUAAGUGCCCUCAGUGAUUUAGCCCUUGCACCUACUGUGAACCAGGAAAGCUUCCCGUGAGAAGGCAGCUACCAGCUAAUGGUUAGAAGACAGAGUGACAUUUUAGACAUCUGCAGAUGUACCUCUCUGCAUGGGAAGCAGGCUAGUUUCUCACAACAGAGGAGAAUAGUGCCUGUACAGUUUGCCUCAUAUCUCACGUUCUACCAUUACUAUUGUUUUAAAGUAAACAUCUGGGGAUUAUGGCUUAUUGGGACCACCCCCCUUCUGCAGACUUCCAUAAGGAUAGCCAUAUUAGCUUGCUGAAGCAAAAUCAGCAAAAUGUCUAGUGAACCUUAAAGACUAAGUAAUUUAUUAUGGCAUAGGACAAGAGUCUACAUCAGAUGCAUGAAGUGUUAUCAUGACACAUGGUUGCGCAGGGUGUGUGAAUGUAAUCAGUGUUGUUGUUAAUCAUACUACAUGUGUUAAUUGGCUUUCUUUCUUCUUCUUCGGUUUAUAUCCUGCCCUUCCUCUCAAAAGGAGCCCAGGGCAGCAAACAAGGAAUAAAACAAUAAAAACAUAUUUAAAAUAAUUCCAAUACAGAUGCAGACUGCAUUGCUGAUGUUGCACCGAGUGGGCCCCUUAAUGCAUGUGUUGGACUUAAAGUGGAUUCAAGUAUCCAGGUGGGCACAGCUGGGUCAGAUCAACUCCUCCUAGCUAACCCACCCACAUCUGAGGAAUACACACCAGAUCGGCACCCUCAUCCAUGAUCAUAUUAUGGGAUGAGUGUGGCCUUAUUGUGUACCAAUCUGGCAUUAAACAACAGCAUGAGCAGUCCAGUGGGCAAAGCAGAUGAACAACCAAGGAACCUGUCCAUGGGAGGAGGGGGAACAAGGAGCGAGGCAUAGAUAGCCUUGCCUUUGUCUUCCAUUACUUCCAUAGCUAUACCUCCCUCUACCCCUGAUCACUGAAAUUGGGGUGGUAUCACCCCUAUCCCUCCCUAUGCAGGCUGCUCCUAAACACAUGAUUGUGGUUGUUUUUAAUGGUUUUAAAUGCAGUGUUUUAAGGUUCUUGUAACCAACCCUGGGACCUCUGGGUGAAGGGCAAUCAACAAAUGCUAAUACUAAUUAUAAUGAUGAUGAUGAUUAUGCUGAUGAUGAUACAAACAACAGCCCACCAACAAAAUCUCCUACAACCAAUUAUCCCAGUAGACAUCUGCAAGAAUUGGGAACAGUGUCACUGGAAGUACACAAGACCUAUCAAAUUCCUGUAACAUUGGGGCACUUCUAUUCCCCGUCUGUCUCACACCCAGGGAGGGCAGCCUUCUGUCAGUUGUACUCUUUCUUUCUGAAGGCAUCUGAACACUUUCUCCUAACAUUCACUGCACAGGCUGUCAUCCUGCACAGGAAACACACGUGCCUGAGGCCCUCCCAGCUAUCUAACCUCCUUCAGAUUGGGAAAUAAAAAAAAAAGAAGGGGGGUAGUGCCCUCUCCUUUGGGAUUCCCCAAGGGACUAUAUACACGGUGGUGUCAUUCCUUUGGUGCUGGCCAAGGGCUGCUGUCCUUUUAUGCUCUCUGACCCAGCUGAUACAAGAGGCUGCAAGACUGAGUGCAGCUUCUCUUUGGGCUCUCAGCCAGGCAGGGGGUCCCAAUCCCUCAGUAUCUCAAGAGAUAGCAAUCCAGGGGAGCAAGCAAUGCACCCAGAUGUUCAAGUACUCACUCCCAGGGUAGGUCUUGUCCAAUUGUAAUGGCAGAUGUCUAUAUCACCAACAUCCAUUUUCUGAAUGGCCGCUGUUCAUACAUUUGUCACCAGCUUUCUGCAUUUCAUUUUCUCUGACCUCUUUAUAAUCCUCCAACUGUCCGGCUAGCUACCUACCUGCACGUAACUCAGGAUAACACUUCAUGCAUCUGAUGAGGUGGGCUCUAGUCCAUGAAAGCUUCAGCACAUACUGCAUUCGUUAGUCUUUAAGGUGCCACAAAACUCUUUGUUGGUUUUUCCUCCCCGUGCUACAGACAAGCUUUUGGUGUUACAGGGCUGUUGUUGUUUGUUUUAAAUGGUACUUGCUGACUUGAGCUCCUUGGAAAAAAGGCUGGAUAUUAAGAU